GUUCUUGCACCCUCCAGCCCCCCAGCUAGCUACUCUGCGUGCGCGAAGAGAGAGAGAAGCGUCGCCAGAACCUACAUAGACACUCAUUGCGGAAUCGUCUUUUGUCGGCAUUAUUUUCCCGGAAAAUAACAGUUCUACUAUAUUUUCCCUGAAAAUACUUUUUGCGUUUCUUGCAGUGCAGGGAGACCGUAGUCGUUUCGCUUCGCCUCGGACUUAAUGGGGUUGAAGCUGGUGCACUGAUGUCACUAUUCUGGAUUGUGAUUCGUGAGCUCGCAGAAAUCGAGGCAAUGGCUGCAUCAAAGAAGGUGAUAACAAGAGAAGAGUGGGAGAAGAAGCUUAAUGAUGUGAAGAUCAGGAAAGAAGACAUGAAUAAAUUGGUCAUGAAUUUCCUUGUGACUGAGGGUUAUGUUGAAGCUGCUGAGAAAUUCCAGAUGGAGUCUGGAACUGAACCAGACAUAGAUCUCGCAACAAUCACGGAUCGCAUGGCUGUUAAGAAGGCAGUACAAAGUGGUAAUGUUGAGGACGCAAUUGAAAAAGUGAAUGACCUAAAUCCGGAGAUACUAGAUACAAAUCCACAACUAUUUUUCCAUCUCCAACAACAGCGGCUGAUAGAACUGAUUCGGAAUGGAAAAGUAGAAGAAGCUCUAGAGUUUGCCCAGGAGGAGCUUGCCCCAAGGGGGGAGGAAAAUCAAAGCUUCUUAGAAGAUUUGGAGAGGACUGUUGCACUUCUUGCCUUUGAAGAUGUCUCUAACUGUCCUAUUGGAGAGCUUCUUGAUAUAUCACAACGUCUAAAGACGGCAAGUGAGGUGAAUGCUGCCAUCCUUACAAGCCAGAGUCAUGAAAAAGAUCCUAAACUUCCAAGCUUGUUGAAGAUGUUGAUAUGGGCCCAAAAAGAGUUGGAUGAGAAAGCUGCUUAUCCUCACAUUAAUGAUCUAUCCAAGGCUGUACUAGAAGACCCUGCUGUUUGAAUGCUUGUAAGUUUACUUGCAAUUGCAUUGUGCAAGUUUUAGAUGAAGAUAUGGUCAUCAUUGGCAUCAAAUGCGACAUUUAAUCCGAACGUGGCCAAUCCAAUGUCCAGAUUCUCGUAGAUAGUUCGUUUAAGUGGUGUUAUACCGUUGUAAAAAGAUAAUUCAGUACAUUUAUCAAUUCUUUCGUUAAACUUGGUGUUUGCAGCAUUUUCAUAUGCAUGCUUUUCGUUACAAUCUAUAGAAUUUGUUCUGAAAUUGCUUGAGUGUAGGCGAUCUUUUCACUUUCGCUGUCUUAACUCCUAAAUGCGUAAUCUGUCCUGGACUAUUGAUUUUUCUUA